AUGUAUACCGACAAAAUUGAGGUGGAAGGCUUCGAGCACGGCUACGAGCGUCGAGCUGAAGAUCCUCGCCUGGAGACGCACGGAAACGCAACCUUUACGCACAGCACCGGGAAAAUAUUGUCCAGCCCGAGGCUUCGUCUGCGCAGCAUCUGCCAAUGGAUGAGUUUCACGAUGCGGCGAAACAACGAUAUCGGGCAGAGCCAGGGAGUGUUCUGGCAGAACGCCAGGGACACCAGAAAGCGAAACUGGAAUCUGGAAAACCUCCAGGUCGAAGACCUCCUAGGUCGGGGCUCGUUCGGUGAGGUGUUCCAAGUGAAAGCAAAAGACGAUGGCUCCGAGGCAGCGAUCAAACGCAUCAAGAAAAAUGUCCUGAACACCGAAAAAGAUCUCUCGAGAGUGAAAGCCGAAUUUUCUUGCUGGAGAGCGAUGAGCGGGCACCCGAAUGUGAUAUCGCUCUUUGCCUUCGUCGAAACCGACACGUAUUGGUGCUUCAUCAUGGAGCGCGGAAAUUUCGGAAGCCUCAGUCAAGUUCUCCGGAGCUCAGAUGUCAUGCUUGGCUCACAGGAUGUUCGGAAGAUCGCCGCUCAACUUGCUCACGCGAUAUCAACCUUACACCACGCGGGGUAUCUGCACAGGGACAUCAGCUGCUCGAACGUCCUGCUAACGGAAAAUCUUGACUGCAGACUCAUCGAUUUCGGUCUCAGUGUCAAGGGAACGACCGCAACCUCUAGAUCAGGGUCGCUGGCUUACAUGGCCCCCGAAGUCCUGAACAGGAGACCAGCUGGCUGUGCCGCCGAUUGGUGGUCCUGGGGCAUCGUUGUCUACACGAUGAUCGUCGGUAAAAGUCCCCUGGCACUCUUCGCCAUCAGGGAACAGAUCGAUCUCGAGAAUAUCUCGAAAGAAAGCCGGUACGAGCUAGCCAAGAAAACUCCUGUAGUGCUCAGCACCCGCACGAGUCCCGAGGAACGCGCGCUAUUGGUCGAUGUCCUGAGACCUGAUCCUGAGAGUCGCUUAGGGAUGCGAGACGGGAUGAAUUUCGACUUACUCAAAGCCCACCCGUACUUCCACGGAGUUGAUUGGACGCAGCUGGAUGCCGCGAAGAGGAAAAUCCUUCGCAGAAUAGAAAUUCGAGCCAAGCGCACAUGA